GUGCUUCCGACGGCCUUGUACAGAAGAGCAUGACCUAGGCUGAAGUAUCAGCUAAACCAUCUUUAGGUUUCACUUCAGAACCUCAGCUACGCCAUCAUGAGCUCAAGAGCUGCACACAGUCCUGUGUUCCUGGUCUUUCCUCCAGACAUCACUAUGCCCGAAUUUCAGUCAGCGGAUGCCACAGGCUCAACCUACGACUCGAGCAUGCCCUUUCCAAAAUUGCUCGCUACAAGAAUGAAAGUCUUAGGGGCUGUCCAGAUCCUGUUUGGAGUGAUGAACUUUUCUUUUGGAAUUGUUCUCCUUUUCACCUUGGAAGAUCCAUACCCAAGGUUUCCCUUUAUAUUUAUUUCAGGAUAUCCAUUCUGGAGCUCCGUUUUGUUCGUUAAUUCUGGAGCCUUUCUAGUUGCCCUGGAAAGAAAAACCACAGAAACUCUGGUGACGCUGAGCCGGAUAAUGAGCGCGCUGAGCGCCCUGGCCGCCGCGGCGGGCAUCUUCCUCCUCGUCAUCGGCUUCCUCAUAGACCGAGACUUCUUGUGCGGCUACGCGGGGGAAGUUAGUGAGUGCUACGCGGUCACCACCCUCUUCAUUGGAAUUUUGGUUAUGUUGAUGGCCUUCAGCAUCGCUGAAUUUCUCAUUUCCCUGUCUUUCUCCAUCAUGAGGGGACCCACUGAGUGUGGUGACUGUGAGGAAUGGGACGGAGCAGAGCUGUGAGAAUAAAGGCCUGGUAUA